AUACGGGUUUCCUCCAAACAUUUGAUGUUAGCUUCGUCAUACUUCAAACGUAGCCUUGGAGGCGCGUUAACAGAAGGCCACACCCUCCGGUCCGAAGGUCACGUCAAAAUUAAGAUGGACGGACUCGAACUAGAUGCAAUGCUGCUCGUCAUGAACAUGAUCCAUGGUCGAUUCCGGCAGCUACCUUCAUCUGUUGACCUCAGGACAUUGACGAGCAUCGCCAUCUUGACAGAUUAUCUUCAGUGUCAUGAAGUGGUGGAGCCAUUU